GCGUACAACUUUACGCACUUCCUAAACCUUGAAGAAGACUGUGGGUCCCUGCAAUUUGCCUCUGUGUGUAUUAUUUUGGAAUUAUCUGGCAGUCGUUGUCCUUACUUAUACUAAACUAACAGCAUCAUUUAUGAAAUGGCGUUCGCUUUCCCAGUGUGGCUUGCAGUCCAGGAGGAGCUCCUUGGAAAUGGCGACUCUGAUUCUGGGUCAGUGAGCUGUUUCGACGAGUUUGAUGAUGAAGCUUUGUUUCGGAUGUUCCACCUCAACAGACCCUGCAUCGCUUUCAUUCUAGAUGCUACCCGCAUCCGCAUGAAAACGGCGGCUCUGAAGAAAUCCACGCUGUCUCUCGACGAGAUGGUUAUGGUGACACUGAACUAUUACGCACACGGAGCCUCCUCCACCUCCAUCCUGCAGAGGGUCGGACAGACCCAGUCGGACUGCCUCGCCAUCAUUAGUAUCAUAUCCGGGGUCAUCGCAGGCAUGUCGGAUCAGUUUAUCUCAUUCCCACUGGCACACGAUGCCAAAUGCAAGGUGGCAUUCAAGACGGAGAAGUUAUGUGGGAUUCCCAACGUGCUGGGCGUCCUGGCUGCUGCGCACUUUAGAAUCAGAGCCUCCCCAUACGAGGACACGUUCAGGUCCUUUGUGAACUCUUGGGGGUACACAUCGGUGGUGAGUCAGAUCAUAUGUGACUCCGACGGAAACGUACUGAGUGUGGAGAAGUGCUGCUUGGGUAGGACGUUUGAGCAGGAACUGUGGGAGUCGUCUUUUAAAGGGAGGGAAAUGGAGGAGGAAAUACACGGACCCUAUUGGGUUAUUGGGGGGAAAGGCUACAACUUAAGCAAACAUGUCCUGACUCCUUUGUCAGAACCUGCAAAUGAUAGCGAGACCCGCUUCAACGAGGCCCACACAAAGAUCCAUGAUGUCAUGCAGACAACGCUCUGCUGCAUGAAGAAACGUUUCAGGUGUUUGAUGCAGCUCGGUUUUGCACAAGAAAGUUCUUUGAAUAAAAAGUCUAACAUCAUUAAGGCGUGCAGCGUCCUGCACAACAUCGCCAAGAAGUUCUCCGUGCCUCCCCUGUCUGUUGCUGGUAAAAUUGAGCCCCUGCAUCAGGGCAAGGCACGUUCAGAGCCAGAAAUCAACCCUGAGGCUUUGAAAGCCAGACAGGAACUCAUCAAGGCUAAAUUUCUCAAUGUCUCAAGUAGCAGAAUUCCACAGAGUGAAAGAAUCACAGAGAACGUGUGAGCAGAACAGGUAUAAUUACUUUGUGAAGUGACAACUUGGUGACCCUUUUCAUGGACAAACACAGGGACCAAGAGUUUUUUUCACUUGUGCUAAUGCUGUGUGAUAUCUGUUUUUUUUUUCAGCUUUGUUGCAACACAUUCAGGCAUAUCCCGUGAAUAAAAGUAUUUUAUUUCUUGAAAAUCA